AAAGAAGCAAGAAAAAUUGGUCUAACAUUGGCUUUAGACCCCAAUAGUAUCAGAAAUCGCUGCUUUUACGAGUGCAUGGGGAAAUUCUUCGACAUGAGCUGCGACGAUAUAAUUGAUAUGGUUGAAGACUUUAUGCUUUCCAACCAAGUGCUGGACACUGUCAAUGAGGAUGGUACUGUGGAGAAAAAGGACAUGUUUUCCUAUUUAUCCAAUGCAGACUUUCCCUCUCUGGGUGAACGCCCAAAGACAUGGAAGGAGGCGGUAWACGCAUUGAGGAACGAAAUGRCAACGCAUGCYGUCAUCAAGUCAACCGCAACACUAUUUUCUGUAAAUGUCAAUAUCGUCGAUUGGAGAGGUAGGCUCGUUGUGGAAAAKCCAUGUAAUGGGAAAAAAGAAAGUGACAUUUACUUAUCGUUCACUGGAAAUCACUACAUGCUUCUGUCCAAAACACCGUCAUUUGCAAGCAUUUUGCAAUCCAAAGGUGCAGAAAAUGACAAGACAACAUUUGAAUACAAUGGACCGGAAAAUUCCAAACCGGAUGAAAGUAUCUCAAAAGGACAGCCAGGGCAGACAGCAUCAAAACUCGACAAGGAAAAGGUGUCCCAGGUUCAAGACAAAGGGCAGGAUUCAGACAGUGAUGUUAUCAUAAUAUCUACACCUCCAAAGCGAACACCAAGAGGAAGAAAAAAUUUAAUGGAAUGGUGGGAGGAUGAAGAGACAGAUUGUAUGCCUGGCAUCAGUCUUUUUAAAGGCAUGGAACUUAAACCUUCGUCAGAAAAAGAAAAUAGCCAAGCCCAAGAAAGUGAGAUUGAUUUGACUUAUGAUUCUGAAGAAGAAGUUAAUUCUUCAAUGGAAAGUCUACCAAGCCAAAAGGCCUAUAACUCAUUUAAGCCCGCUGUUAUUAAUCUUACUUCGCCGUCUCCCAAGAAAGAUAUAAAACGCAGAAUGUAUGAGUUCAUAUUGUUGAAUAUGGUGUACUUUCUUAAAAUUUUACAGGCCUAUAGAAAACUACAAAGGCAAUCAUAUUACGCCCUACUUUUGGAAAGGGAAAAGGCAAUGGACAUUUGA